AUGCCAGUCCAUCUGGCCACAGCCCUGCGUGUGGCUGGCACCAGUCUCUUUGCCACGUGCGUGCUGGGAGGGAUUCUCGCGGCAUACGUGACCGGCUACCAGUUCAUCCACACGGAGAAGCACUACCUCUCGUUCGGUCUGUACGCGGCCAUCCUGGGCCUGCACCUCUUCAUCCAAAGCCUCUUCGCCUUCCUGGAGCACCGGCGCAUGCGGCUGGAUGGGCGGCCCCUGAAGCUGCCCGCGCUCGGUGGCCCUCUGCAUCGGCCGCCUACCCAGGAGGACCCCGACUACCUGCGCAAGUGCCUCCGCUCGGCCCAGCGCAUCUCCUACCAACUCAAGGUGGUGAUGGUGGUGGACGGCAACGGGCAGGAGCACGAGUACAUGCUGGAGAUCUUCCACGAGGUCUGGCUUCGGGUGCGGAGCGGCUGCUGCUAUGUCUGGCGGAACUUCCACGAGGCCGGCGAGGGGGAGACGGAGGCGGGCCUGCGGGAGGGCCCGGCCCGGGUCCGGGAGGUGGUCCGCGCAGGCACCUUCUCCUGUAUCAUCCAGAAGUGGGGGGGCAAGCGAGAGGUGAUGUACACGGCUUUCAAAGCCCUCGGGGACUCCGUGGACUACAUCCAGGUGUGUGACUCGGACACUGUUCUGGAUCCGGCUUGUACGGUGGAAAUGCUGCGGGUCCUGGAGGAAGAUCCCCAAGUGGGUGGAGUUGGAGGAGACGUCCAGAUCCUCAACAAGUACGACUCGUGGAUCUCCUUCCUGAGCAGCGUGCGGUACUGGAUGGCCUUCAACGUGGAGCGGGCCUGCCAGUCGUACUUCGGCUGCGUCCAGUGCAUCAGCGGGCCCCUGGGCAUGUAUCGCAACAGCCUCCUGCAGCAGUUCCUGGAGGACUGGUACCACCAGAAAUUUCUGGGCAGCAAGUGCAGCUUCGGGGACGACCGUCACCUUACCAAUCGGGUCCUGAGCCUCGGUUACCGGACCAAGUACACGGCUCGCUCCAAGUGCCUGACGGAGACCCCCACCAAGUACCUCCGGUGGCUCAACCAACAGACCCGCUGGAGCAAGUCUUACUUCCGGGAGUGGCUGUACAACUCCCUCUGGUUCCACAAGCACCACCUCUGGAUGACCUACGAGUCGGUGGUGACCGGCUUCUUCCCCUUCUUCCUCAUCGCCACGGUCAUCCAGCUCUUCUACCGGGGCCGCGUCUGGAACAUCCUCCUCUUUCUGCUGACGGUUGCAGCUGGUGGGCAUCAUCAGGCCACGUACGCUGCUUUCCUGCGGGGUAACGCCGAGAUGAUCUUCUUGUCCCUCUACUCCCUCCUCAACAUGACCAGCCUUCCUGCGGCACGCAAAAUCUUUGCCAUCGCCACCAUCAACAAAUGCUGGGGCACCUCCGGCCGCAAAACGGUGGUGGGUGAACUUCAUCGGCUCAUCCCCGUGUCCGUCUGGGUGCGGUUCUCUCGGGGGCUGGCUUACACCGCUUACUCCCAGGACCUGUUCAGCGAGACGGAGCUGGCCUUCCUCGUCUCCGGGGCCAUCUUGUAUGGCUGCUAUUGGGUGGCGCUCCUCAUGCUCUACCUCGCCAUCAUUGCCCGGCGUUGUGGGAAGAAGCCAGAGCAGUACAGCUUGGCCUUUGCUGAGGUGUGA